UGAAAUUCAAAUCUAAUAAAGCCGAACAAACAGAAACACAUCAAACAAACCAAUGAAUCUUUCAACACCUUCUUCAUUAGUUACAAAGCAACCGACUACACCAUAAAGAAAUCACGACCUUCCACAUCACAAAAGUUUUUCCUCUGUUUCUAUCAAUCUAGUUAUUACUGUUAUUAUUAUUAUUAUUACUACUACUACAACGUGACAUGAUAGAUAUAAUACACAGAUGCACAUAGCAGUUAGAGGGAAAUGUUUACUUAGAAUUCAUCAUUUGAGUUUCAUCAUUCACUCUCCAAUUUUCAAAUCCCGCCAUGUUUUCCACCAAAUUCCCAGAUUCAUUCAUUCGCACUCUAAACAACAUUAUAAUGAUGAUGCCAAUAUCCGCCACGUGGCAUUUGAAACGGUUACCACCACCAAUUGGAAUUCCCUCCUUUCCACUCACUCGCGUCAAGGUUUAUACGAAAAAGUUCUUCAAACUUACACUUCUUUUGUAAAUUCAUCUCAAUCACCAAACGAGUUCACUUUAUCAAUCACUUUAUCAUCAUGUGCAAAACUCGAGAAUCUUGAAUUUGGUAGGUUAGUUCAUAGUUGUAUAUUUAAGAGAGGGUUUGAAUUUGAUUCAUUAUGCCAGCGUGGAAUUAUUCAUUUAUACGCGAAAUGCAAGUGUUUGAAUUUGGCUCGAAUCGCAUUCGAUUCUGCAGUAGCAGCGGGGUUACAACUCGAUGCAGCUUCGUUGACUGCUUUGAUUGCUGGUUAUGUUUAUGUUGGUAUGCCGGAGGAAGCACUCCAUGUGUUUGAUAAAAUGCAGAGUAAUUUUUGUUUAGAUGAAAUCGCGUUUGUAACUGUUUUGAAUGCUUGUGUUGCUUCGGGGAAGUUGGAUUAUGCAGGUAAAUUGUUUGAAGAGAUGGAUAGUUGUAAUAAUGUUGUUGUGUGGAAUGUUAUGAUUUCGGGUUAUGGCAAGAAAGGUUACUAUAAAGAGGCUGUUGCGUUUUAUCGUCAAAUGAGGAUGAAUGGUGUGAUAUCAUCUAGGUCUACGCUCGCGAGUGUUUUGAGUGCAAUUGCGGGUGUGGGUUCGUUAGAUUAUGGUUUGUUAGUUCAUGGAGAGGCUGUUAAACUAGGUUUUGAGUCUAGUGUUUAUGUGGCAAGUUCUUUGAUCAAUAUGUAUGGGAAAUGUGAUAUGUUGUGUGAUGCGAGGCAAGUGUUUGAUGUUUUAUCUGAGAGAAAUGUUGUUGUGUGGAAUGCCAUUCUCGGAGUUUAUGCGCAGAAUGGUUGUUUAAUUGAUGUCAUGGAUAUUUUCUCUGAAAUGAUGGGGUGUGGAAUUGACCCGGAUGAGUUUACGUACUCUAGCAUUUUGAGUUCGUGCGCUUGCUUAGAAUUCUUAGAUAUCGGUAGACAGUUGCAUUCAACUAUUAUCAAGAAAAGGUUUACGAAUAAUUUAUGCGUGAACAAUGCAUUGGUAGAUAUGUAUGCUAAGGCCGGGGCUUUGAAGGAAGCCAGAAAACAAUUUGAGCACAUGAAAUAUCGAGAUAAUAUUUCGUGGAAUGCCAUUCUUGUUGGAUAUGUACAAGAACAAGAGGAAACUGAUGCUUUCAACAUUUUUGGGAGAAUGAAUCGAAAUGGCGUAGUACCGGAUGAGGUAUCUUUGGCUAGUAUACUUAGUGCCUGUGGAAACAUUAAGGUUCUAGAAGCUGGAUUGCAGCUCCAUAGCUUUUCAGUUAAGUUGGGUUUAGAGACAAAUCUUUUUGCUGGAAGCUCUCUCAUUGACAUGUAUUCCAAAUGCGGGGCAAUUGAAGACGCGCAUAAAAUUUAUUGUAGCAUGCCCGGGUGGAGUGUGGUAUCCAUGAAUGCUCUGAUUGCAGGAUAUGCUCUAAAAGAUACAAAAGAAGCAAUUAAUAUUCUGCAUGAGAUGCAGAUAUUGGGAUUGCAGCCAUCUGAAAUCACAUUUGCAACCCUCAUAGAUUGUUGUAAGGAGCCUCCUAAUGUAAAUUUAGGCAUGCAAAUUCAUUGUGCUGUAUUAAAGAAGGGUCUUUUAUGUGGUAGUGAAUUCUUAGGUAGCUCUUUGUUGGGCAUGUAUACGAACUCACAGAGGAUGGCAGACGCGAACACUCUUUUCUUGGAUUUAUCAAACCUUAAAAGCAUUGUACUGUGGACAGCUUUAAUUUCUGGAUAUACUCAAAAUGAGUGCAGCAAUGAGGCCUUAAACUUGUAUCGAGAAAUGCGUAAUAACAACAAUAUCUUACCAGACCAAGCAACAUUUGUUACCGUUCUGCGAGCCUGUGCGCUCUUAUCUUCAUUGCACGAUGGUAAAGCAAUACAUUCUCUAAUUAUGCAUACUGGUUUUAACUUAGAUGAAUUAACCAGCAGCGCCCUUGUAGAUAUGUAUGCUAAAUGUGGAGAUGUAAAAAGUGCUGCAAAAGUUUUUGAAGAAUUGGCGGUAAAAAUGGACGUGAUUUCUUGGAAUUCAAUGAUAGUUGGGUUUGCGAGAAAUGGUUAUGUAGAAAGGGCACUGAAGGUCUUUGAUGAGAUGACUCAAUCACCUGUUAAACCAGAUGAUGUUGCAUUCCUUGGAGUGCUCACUGCCUGUAGCCAUGCAGGGUGGGUUUCUGAGGGUCGUCGAAUUUUCGACGCCAUGGUAAACUAUUAUGGCAUUCAACCGAGAAUAGAUCACUACGCUUGCAUGGUCGAUCUUUAUGGUCGAUGGGGUUUUCUCAAAGAAGCUGAAGAGUUCAUUGACAACCUAGAUGUUGAACCCAAUGCUAUGCUUUGGGCCAAUUUAUUGGGUGCUUGCAGAAUACAUGGGGAUGAGAAAAGGGGACAAAAAGCGGCUGAUAAACUUAUCGAGUUAGAACCCCAAAAUUCUUCUCCAUAUGUACUUCUUUCUAAUAUGUAUGCUGCAUCAGGACAUUGGAAUGAAGCUAGAUCUCUGAGGAAAACAAUGAUACAGAAAGAAAUCCAAAAGAUGCCUGGGUGUAGCUGGAUUGUAGUGGGGCAAAACACAAACUCAUUUGUUGCGGGUGAUAUAUCGCAUCCUAGAUACAAUGAAAUUUCACGUGUUUUGAAGCAUCUGACAGCACUAAUGAGAGACAGUAGAUUGCAGGAAGAUGGAAUUUUCCAGGCCAGUCAAUUUAGUUAGAAAAGAUGGAAAUAACUUCUCCUUUAUUUUACUUUUAGAAUGUUUCUUAUUGUUUCUGGAAAGGGAAAGAAAGGAAAUGAUCUUUUAAAUAUAUUCUUAUUGCUUUUUGGUAAACAGGUAGCAAUAUAAUUUACAUUCUGUGAUGCUUUAGAGCGACUUCAUCACUAUAGGAAUAUUUAUUGCCGUGAACUAGAUAAACAUCAUAGAUCAGAUAACUUCAGAUAGACAAAAAGAGCGUUCUCAUGUAACAUUGAUAUUUCUACUAGAAUAUAAAGUGAUGCUGUUGCACAAUGCAUUA